CAGAGAACCUGCACCCUCCGCUCUCGCACACACGGGCUCUCGCACAACCGCCCCCGCGGGCUGGUUGGCGCCCAGCCGCUAUCAGCCGGCUCCGGUGCAAGGGGGCGGCGCUAGCCAUAGCAUGGAUUUGCAGUCCGGCUGCAGGCAGACUGGGAGUGGAGAGGGAAAGUGCCCGCCCAUCGCCUGAGUCCAAUCACUUCCCCUUGGUGGCGCCGAGCCGACCAGCGUCAUGCAAAAAGCAGGGCUGCUGCUGAGAGGCUAUACCCAGGCGUGCAAGUCGGUGAGGACGGCCAGCUCCGGGAUGGCACGCCGGGAGCCGCUCGCGAAUAAGGUGGCCCUAGUAACGGCCUCCACGGAAGGAAUCGGCUUUGCCAUUGCCCGGCGUCUGGCCCAGGACGGGGCGCAUGUCGUGGUCAGCAGCCGGAAGCAGCAGAACGUGGACCGGGCAGUGGCUACGCUGCAGGGGGAGGGGCUGAGCGUGAUGGGCACUGUGUGCCACGUGGGGAAGGCAGAGGACCGGGAGCGGCUGGUGGCCACGGCUCUGAACCUUUAUGGAGGCAUUGACAUCCUCAUCUCCAAUGCUGCUGUCAGCCCUUUCUUUGGAAACCUAUUGGAUGCCACUGAGGAUGUGUGGGACAAGAUUCUCAGCAUUAAUGUGAAGGCCGCCGCCCUGAUGACAAAGGCAGUGGUACCAGAGAUGGAGAAACGAGGAGGUGGCUCAGUAGUGAUAGUGGCCUCCAUAGCAGCCUACAAUGCAUUUCCUGGCCUGGGCCCUUACAAUGUCAGUAAAACAGCCCUGCUGGGCCUCACCAAGAAUCUGGCCUUAGAGCUGGCUCAAAGGAACAUUAGGGUGAACUGCCUGGCGCCUGGCCUCAUCAAGACUAACUUCAGCCGUGUGUUGUGGAUGGACAAGGCAAAAGAGGAGAGCAUCAAAGAAACCAUGCAGAUAAGAAGGAUGGGCAAGCCAGAGGAGUGUGCCGGCAUCGUGUCUUUCCUGUGCUCAGAAGACGCCAGCUACAUCACUGGAGAGACAGUGGUAGUAGGGGGAGGGACCCCAUCCCACCUCUGAGGACCUGGAGAGAGCCCACCAGAGCAGAGAUUGGGCUCCAAUUGGUGGGUCCUGUUCUAGCAUUCACUGAACUAUACUUUCCCCCCUCUGUUUAUCAUACCGCUCACCUACACCCCACCCCCUAGAAUCAAUUCUGCCUUGUUAAAAGAUCCAGCCUUCUCUGCAAUCAAGGUGUGGUCCCAUAAGGAUUCCUGCUGCUGCUGUAGCCUUGGAAAAAGACUUCCCCUGAGAACAGGGCAGGUCCAGUGAGAAGGGCUGAGUCUACCUUAGCAAAGACCAACUAACAUUUUUUUCCUGUGCAUGGGGAAUCUGAGGGAGGUGGGAGAAAAGGAACCUCAGUGGAAAAAGCAGGGUUGGAAAUGAACAACUUGCAAAUGAGGUACAAAUAAAAUGUAGGUGGUUGUGUUGCUUUGGA